GUAGUGAAGUGGCUCUGAUUUAAAAAAACAUGUGGCGACUAUUGUGUAUUCUCGCGCUAGUGAUCAGCAGCGAGGCUAGGCCAAAGAAAUAUGCUGGGAUUCCGUUGCAAAAACCAGUGAGUCCAAGAGCUUCCACUGACAAUCGUCUCGACGACACUUUAGUCAAACCUACCAACUAUGACCUGAAGUUGACAGUGACUAAAGAUAAUUUAGAGAACGGAGAGUUUAGUGGAGUCGUAAACAUAAAGCUGAAUGUUCUCAAAGACACCAACUCUUUUGUAAUUCAUGCAAAAGCCCUCGAAAUUAGUAACGUGACUUUGACAGGAAAUAAAUACGCGGGAACUGUGACGGCAGAGGACGUGGACGCCAACGAUUUUGUUACAAUUACAGGCAGUAAAAACAUAACAAAAGGAGUUGAUUACAUUUUGGAAAUAUAUUACACCGGAGUGCUCAGCGAUACAGAUAUGGAUGGAUUUUACAGAAGUAAUUACACAGAUGCCGAUGGAAAUACAAAAUAUUUAGCAACCACUCAGUUCGAAGAGAUGGGAGCGAGAAGAGCGUUUCCAUGCUUCGACGAACCGAGUUUUAAAGCAACAUUCGACAUCACCAUCACCUAUCCAAACACAAGUACAGCAUUAUCCAAUACCAAGCAAAAGGCAAAGCCAGCUUCGGCAGCGGAUGGUCUUCUCAAAGUGACCUUUGAUACGACACCUCCAAUGUCCACAUAUUUGAUCGCAUUCAUCGUCUCAGAAUUUGAGUGCAUAAAUGGUACGAAUACUGCGGAUGGUACACCAACGUCAGUUUGCGGAAGACCGGGAACAAAGGAAACAUUGUCCGAAGCUCUUAAUGCAGGUACCGAAGCUCUUAACAAGAUGAAGAAUUUCACGAAUAUUGCAUACGGAGAUUUGGGGAAUAAAAAAAUGACGCAAGCUGCUAUUCCAGACUUUGCAGCCGGUGCUAUGGAAAACUGGGGAUUGGUGACUUACAGAGAAGCGGAUCUUAUAUGGGACCAAGACCAGUCGUCAAACCAAUAUCAACAAGUUGUCUAUACUGUGGUCGCUCAUGAACUGGCCCAUCAGUGGUUUGGAGAUUACGUCACUCUAGAUUGGUGGUCUGAUAUUUUCCUGAAUGAGGGUUUCGCUACGUACUUUGAAUAUCACUCUGCUGCUCAGGUUCAACCAAAAUGGCAAUUGGAGAAACAAUUCGUUCUUGAACAAGUUCAACCCGUACUGGUAACUGAUUCUAGUAAGAAUUCAAAACCCUUGUCUUACAACACGAGUGAUCCUGAUGAAAUCGAGAGCAGAUUUGAUGAUAUUUCUUACAACAAAGGUGGUACUGUUCUAAAAAUGUUGCAAAGCUUUCUUGGACUCGAGAAUUUUAAGAACGGACUUAAUAAAUACCUCAAGGACCACGCUACAGAUGUGGCUACCCCUGAUCAACUGUGGAGCUCUUUCGAAGACUUUAAACCAGAGGAUAUGCCCGACAAUGUGACGGUAGUCAUGGACAACUGGACAAAAAAAGCAGGAUAUCCCGUACUCUCACUUACGCAAGACGGAGUUAAUAUAACCGUUAUUCAACAACGAUUUUUCUCUGACGACGGUACCGACGCCACCGAGUGGUACGUUCCUAUUACUUAUACCACAUCUGCGGACACAUCCAAAUUUACAAAAACAGCCACAAUAGACUGGUUAAAACCAGGUGAAAAUCUGACCAUAACUCUCGACAAGGAAGAUAACUGGAUUAUUUUGAACAACCAACAAGUUGGCUACUACAGAGUAGAAUACGACGACACACUUCUGGCAAAAAUUAAAGAUGCUCUAAACUCUGAUAACUUCGGUAAAAUAGACGAAAUCAGUCGAUCUCAACUGGUCGAUGACCAACUAAAUUUUGCCAGAGCAGGCAAGGCAGAAUACGCAGAUGUAUUGAGAUUUUUGGCGUUUAUGAAAACAGAUGAUUCGUAUUAUACUUGGUAUCCUGUUUUCAAUGGAUUUAGUUAUCUGUUAAAGAGAACCAGUGACGAUAAAAUAAGGACUCCGUUAAAAGAAUAUCUUAAGGAGUUGAUGGAAAGUCUGCUAGAUUCCGCUCCUUUCACAAAGGAAAAUUCAACCGAACAAAUUUACACGCUCAAACAGGUUUUAGCAUUAACGUGGGCUUGUAACCUGGGGGAAGAAAACUGUGUUAACAAUGCUACUGCAGCAUUUACUAGCUACACGACAGACGAUAAAAUACCGAGUCGAAACUUGAAAAGUAUUGUCUAUUGUACCGGUUUGAAAAACAGCCAAAACUCUACAAGCGAUUACGAGUUUCUUUAUAAUAAAUAUCUCUCAACCGACCUAGCUACCGAACAAGUGACAAUACUCAAAGCUCUAGGAUGUAUCAACGACGCCACUCUCAGACAAGAGUACUUGAAGCUAGCACUGACUGACAAAGUCCGAAUCCAAGACGUGCGAUAUGUGUUCCAAUCUGUGUAUUCUAAUAACGAGAAGGAAGGUGUUGAUGAUAUGCUAAAGUUUAUAAAGAAUAACUACACAGAUUUUGAAACACGCUUUGGAACUCAAUCCACUCUCGCUUCUUUAAUAUCCACAGUCGCUGAUUUCAUUACAGAACAGACUCAAAUUGAUACGUUGAGCGAGUUCUUAAAAAAGGGAGAUUUAGAUGACAGUGUUGUAGCAGUUGGUAAUGAAGCAGUUAAAUCAGCUACAACAAACUUGAAAACAAUCAGCACUUUGGAAGGAAAACUUAAAGAUUACUUUGCCCCAACCAGUGGUGCCUCGAUAAAUACCUACCACUUGGUAAAUCUUGCUCUCAUUGGGGUCGUAUACCUGUUUUUCAAUUUCUUUUAACUGACAUAGUAACUUCAAAAGUGUUGUAGAUACUAUUUCAAUUAUUUAUUUUGUGAUUCUUAAAUAAAGUAGUAUAAAUGUUAAAA